AUGAUAGAGGAAAAUACGGUCAUAAGGUCUAAAUGCAGAGUGGAGAUAAUACUAAGUAAAAUUUAUAAUAAAUAUCUAUCUUAUGAGACUACUACAGAAAGUGUGGCUAAGCUACUAGCCGCAAAUGAUGAACCUUACAAUGAACCUAUUGAAAAUAUUCUCGCCAUACUAUUAAUUUUCUUCAUAUGUUGUCUCAUAGGUAUAUGUCUCUUGGGUUUAAUGCUUUCCGUACUACUGAGUUAUAAUCAAUCAAAAGUAUCUACAAUAUCAGAUGAAGAAAAGCAGUAA